CUUCUAUAUUUUCCACAUUCAACCUCGCACGCUCUCAUCAGUUUCCUUCCGCUACCUUCUCUCAACCCAAACACAUAUUUCCCAGGAAAAAGAAAAAGCUUGAGCGAACAAGAAAAUGGCCGAUCAGCUUACCGACGAUCAGAUCUCUGAAUUCAAGGAGGCCUUUAGCCUGUUCGACAAGGACGGAGAUGGUUGCAUUACUACCAAGGAGUUGGGAACUGUGAUGCGAUCACUUGGGCAGAACCCCACUGAGGCAGAACUGCAAGAUAUGAUUAAUGAAGUCGAUGCUGAUGGAAAUGGGACCAUUGAUUUUCCUGAAUUCCUUAACCUGAUGGCAAGAAAAAUGAAGGAUACAGACUCUGAGGAGGAGCUUAAAGAGGCAUUCAGGGUGUUUGACAAGGAUCAGAAUGGGUUCAUAUCUGCAGCCGAGCUGCGCCAUGUCAUGACAAACCUUGGUGAAAAGCUUACAGAUGAGGAAGUCGACGAGAUGAUCCGCGAAGCUGAUGUUGAUGGUGAUGGGCAGAUCAACUACGAGGAGUUCGUCAAAGUCAUGAUGGCCAAGUAAAGGACCUCUCCAACUAUAACCAGGAUUUAAAAUUGGGGUUUAAAAAAAAAGGAAGAAAGGAACAGGGCAGAUAAGUUUGCUAAGAUAUCUAUUAAUGAAUAGGACAUCUAUGUUUUUAUGUUACAAGCUUUUGUUGGAUGGUUCUUCGUUUCAUGUUUGCAUUAUUUGGUGGACCGAACCUUAGUAUUAUGCUUGUUUGCUCUGCUUUUUUGUUCAGUAGUGCUGGGUUGUUAACGUCAAUAUUUUUAUGCUUUGUGCUUUCUUUCGAACAAACUGGAAGAUUCGAUGUUAUUUUUGCUUUUUAUGAUUGACUAAUUUUUUAGGAAA